GACUAGAAUACCUAAGUAAGUAAAUGAUACCAACAAGACAAACAAAAUGCGCGCGGCCAAACUUGUCCGCGGCGUUGCCGCUUCUCUUGCCACAGGCGUGGUCGUGAAGGUUUUUACUUUCACGCUCAACCUCCUCCUCGCAAGACACGUUUCCGCAGAGAAAUACGGAAAAGGGUUCCUCUAUACGUUUUUCAACUCUUUGGUCCUCUUCCUCCAAAAGGAAGGUUUCCGACGCGUCGCAUUACGCACAGAAGAAAAAUACGAGAAAGCACGAUCUAGAGCAGUGGUGUCAGGUGUAAUUUGUGCGCUGGUGUGCAAUGUGGCUUGUUUGGCAUUUUGGUGGCCUACUGGACCUGGCAGUAGUGACGAACAAAUCAGUCUGCUGCUGGUCGCGCUAGCCACAGCAAUCGAAGCCUGCGCCUUAGAGCCUUGCGUAGUGAUCGAGAGUUGGCGAGGCAGACUGGACACGCGUCCCUUGGCUGAAGGGGUUGG